AUGGACAGAAGGCUGUGGGAGGCUGCUAAAAAAGGAGAUAUUCAUCCUUUGCAAAGCUUGAUCAAAGAAGACCCUCUUCUUUUCCAGGCAGUUUCAUCAGCAUGUAACGAAACUCGUCUGCAUAUCGCUUGCUUAGGUGGCCAUCUUGAGUUUGCAAAGGAGAUCAUUCAUUUGAGGCCAGAAUUUUCAAGAGAACUAAACCAGGGUGGUUUAAGCCCUUUGCAUAUCGCCUCAGCAAAUGGAGACAUAGAGAUUGUGAAGCAGCUUUUGCACUUGGACCGUAAUCUAUGCCUUAUCAAGGGGAAAGACAGAAGAAUUCCCCUUCACUAUGCAGUAAUCAAAGGCAGAAAACAUGUUAUGAGGGAGCUUCUUGUGGCUUUUCCAGACUCUGCAGCAGAAGUGACUGCUCAUGGCGAUACUUGUCUGCAUUUAGCUGUCAAGAAUCAUCAGUUUGAAUCAUUCAAAUUAUUACUUGAGAACCUCAAUGAAUCUAACAAGUAUGAUCUUUUAAACAAGAAGGACAUCCUAGGAAACACUGUCUUGCAUCUUGCUGUGUCAACUAAGCAAUACGAGGCAAGUAUAUAG